AAAAAAAAGUCUUUUAGUGUUCUAUAUUCGAAGAUCCUUUUCGUUAAAAAAAUUUUUUAGAAGAAAAAUGUCUGAAUCCAAUACCAAUGCAGUUAGCACUAUGACCAGCAAAGAUUAUUACUUUGAUUCAUAUGCUCAUUUCGGAAUUCAUGAGGAAAUGUUGAAAGACGAAGUUCGUACCUUAUCUUAUCGUGCCUCUAUUUACAAUAAUAAACACCUUUUCAAGGACAAAAUUGUUCUUGAUGUUGGUUGUGGUACGGGCAUUCUUUCUAUGUUUGCUGCUAAGGCCGGUGCUAAGCAUGUCUAUGGUAUUGAUAUGUCCAAUAUUAUCCAUCAAGCUCGUGUUAUUGUAAAGGAUAAUGGCUUAGAUGAUAAAAUCACUCUUAUUCAAGGUAAAAUGGAAGAGGUUGUUUUACCUGUUGAUAAAGUUGAUAUUAUUAUUUCCGAAUGGAUGGGUUAUUUCUUAUUGUAUGAGUCUAUGCUUGAUACAGUCCUUGUUGCUAGAGAUAAAUAUUUGGCUCCUGGAGGUAUGAUUUUCCCCGAUAAGGCUACUAUGGUUAUUGCUGCCAUUGAAGAUGGUGCCUAUAAGGAAGAAAAGAUUGGUUUUUGGGAUAAUGUAUAUGGCUUUGAUUAUUCAUCUAUGAAGAGUAUUGCCAUUAAAGAACCUUUGGUUGAUGUUGUUGAACCUCGUUCUGUUGUUACUGAUGCCUGCGUUUUUAAGGAAAUUGACAUUGCUACAGUGACUAAGGAAGAUUUGACAUUCAAGACACCCUUCAAGAUUACUGCUGAACGUGAUGAUUAUGUUCAUGCUUUUAUUGCUUGGUUUGACAUUGCUUUUACUCAUUGUCAUAAACCCAUUGAAUUCUCAACUGGACCUCAUUGUAAAUAUACUCACUGGAAACAAACUGUUCUUUAUACCAAAGAACCCUUGGCAAUGAAGAAGGGUGAAAGUAUUGAAGGUGUUCUAUCUUGUGCUCCUAACAAAUCUAACCCUAGAGACCUUGAUAUUGUUAUCGAUUACAACUUUACUGGCACCCAUGACACUAUUCAUGAAGUUUGUGAUUAUAAGAUGUCAUAGAUUAUUUUAAUUUUUAAUAUUAUAAAUUGCACAUAUACACAUGCAAUAUAGAUAUGUGCAUGUAUUAUAACUAAAAAGAAAAGAUGUAUUAAAUUAUUUUUAAUGAUUGUUCGUUACCUAAUAAAUACAAAAAAUGCAAUCUAUCAAAAGACGAAUAUCUGUACAUUAAGUGCUAUAGUAUAAAAAAAAA